UUACAAAUAACGAUGGUGACGUUAACUAUCAUUGAGAACUCAGAAAUUCAACUGUUACUGAGACUAAAAAGAAACAUCUGAAUUCAGAAUUAAGAGAACCAAAAUGAGUGCCUUGACAGAGCUUGUGAUUCUUGUCCCAUUUUGUUUCUUCCUCGUAGCUUUAAUCAAGUUCCUUUAUGAUUACUUGUGGGUGCCUCUCCGUAUACAGCGUCUCCUGAAUUCACAGGGAAUCAAAGGACCUGCUUACAAAUUCAUCCAUGGCAACAACCAUGAAGUUACCAAAAUGAAAAAGGAAGCAUUAAGCAAGCAUCUGGGCCUGACAGAUGAUAUAUUUCCCAAGGUGCAGCCACAUAUUUACACUUGGAUCAACAGAUAUGGGAGGAAUUAUCUUUAUUGGAACGGUAUUCGACCUGAACUGGUUAUUUCAGAGCCUGAACUAGUCAAAGAGGUUCUCAAAAAUAGUGAAAAUACAUUUCCGAAAAAGAAGCCUUCGAUCUUUUUUAGCAAGCUACUGGGGAACGGACUUGUGCUUCUUGAGGGUGAAAAAUGGGUGAAGCAUCGGAAGCUAGCCAAUCAUGUUUUCCAUGGGGAAAGAUUAAAGAACAUGACACCAGCAGUAAUUGCCAGCGUUGAAACAAUGUUAGAGAAGUGGAAAGGCCAAGAAGGCAAAGAAAUUGAAGUGUUUCAAGAAUUUAGAUUGUUGACUUCAGAAGUGAUAUCCAGAACAGCUUUUGGUAGCAACUACUUGGAAGGGGAGAAGAUUUUUGCCAUGUUGAAAGAGUUGUCUAUAAUUAUGAGCCGGAAUAAUUUCAAGACUAGUAUUCCUUUGAUCAACAAGUUAUGGAAAGGCGUUGAUAUGCUGAAGUCAGAAGAACUUGCAAAAGGAAUACAAGAUUGUGUGAUGAAAAUUGUUAAGAAAAGAGAAGACAAAUUUGUGAAUGGAGAAGCUGACAGCUUUGGCAAUGAUUUUUUAGGAUUACUUGUAAAUGCAUAUCAUGAUUCGGACGAAAAUAACAGGCUUUCAAUGGAAGAUUUGGUAGAUGAGUGCAAAACAUUCUACUUUGCCGGGCAAGAAACUGUUAAUUCCUUACUUGCUUGGAUAGUCUUGCUUUUAGCAACUCACGGAGAUUGGCAGGAUAAAGCUAGAAGAGAGGUGAUUGACAUAUUCGGUAACCGAAAUCCAGAUUCCGAAGGCAUUUCUAAACUCAAAACUAUUACCAUGAUUAUUUAUGAAACACUAAGAUUGUAUGGUCCAUCAAAUGGCUUGCAAAGAAGAGUUACAAGAAAAGUUCAGCUGGGAAAGCUAGUCUUGCCUGCUAAUAUAGAUAUUCUGGUUCAAAAUAUUGCACUUCACCAUGACCCUCACCAGUGGGGAGAUGAUGUACAUCUUUUUAAACCAGAGAGAUUUGAAGAAGGGAUUGCCAAAGCUACCAACUACAAUGUGGCUGCAUUUUUUCCCUUCGGAUUGGGACCUCGAUCUUGUGUUGGUAUGUCCUUUGCAAUCACGGAAACUAAGGUUGCACUCUCCAUGAUUCUACAACGCUACACCAUUACCCUCUCCCCUGCCUAUGUCCACUCACCAAUGACUAUUCUCGCCAUUCGACCACAGCAUGGAAUUCAAGUAAUACUUGAGUCACUGCAUAACAAUGCUUAAAGUACACAAUAGCUAAGGGACUUGAGGUUUAACUCAAUUUGUUUAUGUAUUCACCUUUAGGUGUUAAAGCACUUUUAACAUUAGUAACCCCUUCCUAUUCCUAUGCUAUACCCUACUCAACGCAAAAACAUGGUAAAACAUGCAAUCCAUAAAUAUAUAUAUGUGUAUGUUUCAGUAUUGUUGAUCAAUAUAUAAUUUUUACUAGUUAUGCCUUA